AUGGAUGCCGGGUGGUUUUACUCCCCCACGCAGAUUGUUCGUUAUUUUUCUACGCGGGUGACGAGUCUUAAACCUCCGAAGAACAAACUUCGAAAUCCAUACGCGAUUCUGAAAGAGCUCACAUCACAUCAAUGGCUUAUGUUUGCUGCGGGCUUUCUGGGCUGGACAUGGGAUUCUUUCGACUUCUUCACCGUAUCGAUGACAAUUACUGAAUUGUCGGAAGCGUUUGGGGUAUCUUACUCUGAUGUAUCAUGGGGUAUGACCGUCACUCUCAUGCUUCGGUCGGUCGGCGCGAUUAUUUUCGGAUUACUCGCUGAUAGAUACGGGCGGAAAUGGCCGAUGAUUAUCAACCUAUUCAUUUUUAUCAUUCUCGAGCUUUGCUCUGGAUUCUGCAAUACAUUGCCACAAUUCCUAGGUGUUCGAUCGUUGUAUGGAAUAGCAAUGGGAGGACUCUUUGGACCAGCUGCCGCUACUGCCCUCGAAGACCUCCCGUACGAAGCACGCGGUCUUCUCUCCGGACUAUUCGAAAUGGGAUAUGCAACGGGAUAUCUUCUUGCCGCUGCAUUUUACAGGGCUCUUGUCCCGACGACAUCGCAUGGAUGGAGAAGCCUGUUCUGGUUCGGAGCUGGUCCUCCUAUUCUGAUCAUCAUAUUUCGGUGGUAUUUGCCAGAAACAAACCAUUUUCAAGUGAUGAAAGCCGAACGCGAAGCUCGCGCAAAUGCAGUGGCGGAGGAUGGAAACACAAAAUCCAAAGACUUUCGAGUAUUUGUACGAGAUGCUGGACGUGCACUGCGGGAUAAUUGGGUGUUGUUUGUUUAUCUAAUUGUCUUGAUGACGGGCUUCAACUCGUGCUCUCAUGGAAGCCAGGACUUUUACCCGACUUUCCUGAAAGAUCAAGUCGGCAUGGACGCAACACAAACAACGGUCAUUACCGUUGUUGGUCAAAUCGGCGCGCUAAUUGGAGGAUGUUCGAUUGGCUAUAUUAGUACAUUCUUUGGUCGGCGAUUGACCAUGAUGGUAUCCUGCGUCAUUGGUGGCGCAGUUAUUCCAGCUUACAUUUUACCGCGCGACAUGUCCUUGGUCGCCAGUGCGUUUUUCGAGCAGAUCUUCGUCGGCGGAGUUUGGGGGCCUAUGCCCAUUCAUCUCCUGGAGUUAUCACCGAUUGCACUUCGCUCCUUGAUGGUUGGACUGACUUACCAACUUGGUAACCUGGGAUCAUCUGCCUCAGCCACUAUACAAUCUAUCAUUGGUGAAAGGUACCCGCUUCCUGCUGGACCCGACGGUAAGGCACGUUUCAACUAUGGUAAGGUGAUUGCCAUUUUUAUGGGAGCUGUGUGGGCAUUCAUUCUCUUCUUCCUUUUCUGGGGUCCUGAGAUGUCACAAGAGGAGCGUGAAGAGGAAGCCGAGGCUUCACUGCGGCUGGAGCAACUUCGGGCUUCUGGUAUCAGUCUGGCUGAAAUCGGAGAGGCUCAGUUUCGAGGGAAGGAUAUUGAUCGACUUAGUGUGAAUGAUGAGGAGAAGGGGGUCACCGCGCAUGUUGAGUGA